CAACUCUCAGCUGCGAGGCAACAGCAACCGACAUGCAUCAACCGCAGCUGCGCUCUUGCUUUUGAACUCGACCUGGCCCACACUCUCCAGCCGCGGUGUUUGGUAUCCCAUUGUCGGAACCCGGGAUACUUGCUGCUCUACCACUCGCCCCUGCCCGCCCCCUACCCGCCCCAACCUAGCCGAGCCGACGUCUCUCCACAGCUCCACAGACCAGAACCCCCUCGCCAUGGCCAUCGACGACAACCUGCCCUCGUUCCAGUUCAAGGCAAGCUCCGACGACCCGGACUCGUCGGUGCUCUACUUCAGCCAGAAUGGCUCCGAGCCAACACCCGAGUAUGUCUUGAAGCGCGCAGACCCGGCCUCGCAGCCCUCGUGUCGCGGCAACUACGCCGUCGGCCUCGUCGACCCCUUCGGCCAGGGCGUCGUCUACGGCGAGGUCAUGGUCUCACCAGAGUGGCAGCAGCCCACCCUCUCGGCUGCCGAGAUCCGGGCUCAGAACGCCGUCGCUGCCCCGCCCGUGCCCAUCGUGCCCGACACCUUCUCCGUCCAGCUGUACGACCCGGACCAGACCGUGUCCUUCAAGAUGGCGCCGGGGAGCUGGGGCAAGUCGGACGCUUGGGAGUUCGAGAUGCCAACCAGGAGUUUCCGCCUGCCCAGCGCCAGUCAGCUGGACCGCCAGCAGGACCCCACGCCAGUGCGCGACCUUGCGCCCAAGGUCAUGUUCAAGUGGAAGAGGGACAGCCGUCUCUCUAAGGACAUGACGUGUUACCUAGUCGGGCGCAGCCUCGGCCGCCACAAAAGCAAGGAGCCCGACAUCACCGUCGCCCUCUUCAAGCAGGGCCGUGAUUCGCUCGUCACCAUUUAUGAACCCAACCUACAACGUGUCGAGGUCGAGGAUCGCAAGGGCCUGGACAUAGUCCUGCUCUUGGGUGCCGAGGUCAUCCGGGACCUGUACCUAUCCCCACGCCCCGACGUCUUCAAUAUGAUGGGCUCUGACCCCACGAGGCUGCGCAAGAACUCGCGGCCAACCCCGUCGCCCCACCACAACGCACCAGCCUCCCAGUCCACCACUGCCAUGUCGGGUGCUCUCGGCGCGCCACCGGCCGCCAGGGUCGACGCCGAGACGCGGCAGCUGCAGGAAAUGGUGGAGCGCGAGGAGCGCGAGCGCAAGGCCGAGGCGGAGCGCGCACAGAAAGAGCGCGAAAGGCAGGACGUCGAGGAGCAGAAACGCAUCAAGGAGAUGCUCGAGCAAGAGGAGGCGAGGGAGCGCCAGCACCGCGACGCCGAGAUCGCCAUGGAGACCGAGCGGCUGCGCCAGAUGUACGGCACAGAGGGCCAAGACCUGCCCUCGACGCGGCCAGGUCUGCCGCCCCGCGCCCAGGAGCCUGCCCGGCCAUUUAGUGCCGGUCCAGGUGGCCAGCCCACCGCCAACGCCCCCAGUAACUCUUCUUCGUGGUGGAGGGGCGGGUCGAGCGCCGCCAACGCAGGUGCCCCUGGCCCCUCACAGCAACCUCAGAAGCAGCCAGCACGCCCAACCGGCCCCUAUUCCUCGGGUGGUCACGGCCGCAAUCCGUCGGCUAGCAUCAGCGGAUUUUUCAGCAGGGACCGGGAUGAAAAUGGGAAAAAGGUGCGCAAGAAGCGCAGCGUGCAGUUCUAGCCAUUUAUUGUUUCUUGGUUGUGCUUCUUUUACAUAUGUUUCCCAGCGUGUCCCUCAUUACCAUAUAGCUCAUAUGUGCACAUGAAUGUUUGCUUGGCGCGUUUGCUCCAUUUCUCUCCGUUGUUUCUUCCUAUUUCUUUGUUAGUUUUGCUGCGUGUAUCUAGCGGCGACAAUGAAUGGAUCAAGCGUGACGUAUCCAUUGAUUUAACGCAUGGGUGAAUAUCACGAAAUGAUCUCUUCUCAUCGUAUGCAACGAGGUGGGAGGAUUGGCAUUGCAACAGAUGGUGUAUGGAAACAGAGGUGUAUUCUAUAUGCAUGGUAUCGUGGUGAUUCUUAUGUACGAGGAGAUGAUGGAUGUUAGACAUCGAAAACAGGCAGACAAAGAAAACUGGAAGAGAAAACAGUGGGGAAAAAAACGAACAGGUAAAAACCCAAAAAGGAGCCGUGAGGAACAAGAAAAGGUAUACAGCGGCGGAAACCCAAACGCCGCCUCAAAGCCAAACCAACCACC